AUGCACAGGACUUACACACAGCACAGAGCAGGGAGCACAGAGCAGAGAGCACAGAGCAGAGAGCACAGAGCAGGGAGCACAGAGCAGGGAGCACAGAGCAGGGAGCACAGAGCAGAGAGCACAGAGCAGAGAGCACAGAGCAGGGAGCACAGAGCAGGGAGCACAGAGCAGAGAGCACAGAGCAGAGAGCACAGAGCAGGGAGCACAGAGCAGGGAGCACAGAGCAGGGAGCACAGAGCAGAGAGCACAGAGCAGAGAGCACAGAGCAGGGAGCACAGAGCAGAGAGCACAGAGCAGGGAGCAGAGAGCAGAGAGCACAGAGCAGGGAGCACAGAGCAGAGAGUACAGAGUAGAGAGCAGGGAGCACAAAGCAGGGAGCACAGAGCAGAGAGCACAGAGCAGAGAGCACAGAGCAGAGAACACAGAGCAGGGAGCACAGAGCAGAGAGCAGGGAGCACAGAGCAGAGAGCACAGAGCAGAGAGCACAGAGCAGAGAACACAGAGCAGGGAGCACAGAGCAGAGAGCAGGGAGCACGGAGCAGGGAGCACAGAGCAGAGAGCAGGGAGCACAGAGCAGGGAGCACAGAGCAGAGAGCAGGGAGCACAGAGCAGGGAGCACAGAGCAGAGAGCAGAGAGCACAGAGCAGGGAGUACAGAGCAGAGAGCACAGAGCAGGGAGCACAGAGCAGGGAGCACAGAGCAGAGAGCACAGAGCAGAGAACACAGAGCAGAGAACACAGAGCAAACACUGUCCAGAACGCUGUCCAGAACUCUAUCCAGAACACUGUCCAGAACGCUGUCCAGAACGCUGUCCAGAACACUGUCCAGAACGCUGUCCAGAACUCUGUCCAGAACUCUGUCCAGAACUCUGUCCAGAACACUGUCCAGAACGCUGUCCAGAACUCUGUCCAGAACUCUGUCCAGAACUCUGUCCAGAACGCUGUCCAGAACACUGGAGACUGGUGGAAUAGGAGCCCUGGUUCUUUGGCUAUGCACGGGUUCCUUAAAGCCCAAUUUUGA